GCAGCGAACAAACCCAAGGCGCCGCGUCAGGUCGGAACUAUGACCAGGUGGAGCGAGAUCGUUUCGCGACGGCGAAGCGCCGACGGCUGCCUAAUGGCGAUGGCACUCUUGGCUUUGUACGCGAACGCGGAAGCGGGGCCAGCCAAUGUCAAGAUCGGCGACAACACCGCAGCGAAUUAUUUGUCGCAAUACGGAUAUCUGCCGCCGAGUAAUCCGGAAAAUGGUGCCUUCCUGAGCUCGGAGAAACUGACCGCGGCGAUAGAAGAAUUCCAGGCAUUCGCCGGACUUAACAUAACAGGCGAGCUGAAUGACGAGACCGUCAAGCUGAUGGCGACACCGAGGUGCGGUGUUAAAGACAAAGUUGGACCAGGAGCCGAUGGAAGAUCGAAGAGAUACGCUCUUCAAGGGUCGAGGUGGCGUACGAAGAACCUGACCUACAAAAUCAGCAAGUAUCCGUCCGGCCUGAACAACGUCGAGGUGGACAAGGAAAUAGCGAACGCGUUCAAAGUUUGGUCGGGUUACACCGAUCUCACGUUCACCCGCAAGACAGGACGUGACAAUGUACAUAUCGAAAUCAGAUUCGAGGUGGGCGAGCACGGUGACGGCGAUCCUUUCGACGGACCAGGUGGCACUUUGGCGCACGCUUACUUCCCCGUGUACGGUGGCGAUGCCCAUUUUGACGACUCCGAGCGGUGGACCAUCAAAAGCUACCGCGGCACCAACCUCUUCCAGGUCGCCGCUCACGAAUUCGGGCACUCGCUCGGCUUGAGCCACAGCGAUGUCAAGAGCGCCUUGAUGGCACCCUUCUACCGCGGUUACGACCCUCAUUUCACCUUAGACCGUGAUGAUAUCGAGGCUAUUCAGGCUUUGUACGGAAAGAAGACUAACCAUGGAGGGGGGUCGACGUCGCGGCCGUCACCGCCGGCCGAGGAAGACCCCGAGUUGUGUAAAGACCCAAAGGUCGACGCAAUGUUCAAUUCAAAAGACGGCGAGACAAUCGUAUUCAAAGGUAAAUACUAUUGGAAAUUGACGGAUAACGGUAUCGCCAGCGGCUACCCUAGGCGCAUCAGCAGCACUUGGAAAGAACUUCCGUCGAACAUAGACGCCGCGUUCACGUACAGGAACGGCAAAACUUACUUCUUCAAGGGCACGCAAUACUGGAGGUACAUCGACACGACCAUGGACGGCGACUACCCGAAAGAGAUCAGCGACGGUUUCACCGGCAUUCCCGACCACAUCGACGCUGCCACCGUGUGGACCGGAAACGGCAAGAUCUACUUCUACAAGGGAACGAAAUUCUGGCGUUUCGACCCAGCGUCGAAGCCACCGGUGAGGAGUAACUAUCCCAAGCUGAUUAAGAACUGGCAGGGCAUACCAGAUCAUAUCAACGCGGCGGUGACCUAUAAGGGCUACACGUAUUUCUUCCAAGACAACGCCUACUAUCGAUUCAACGACCGAACGUUCUCCGUGGACACCGCUGAUCCCGCCUUCCCAAGAUCGACAGCGUACUGGUGGUUCGGCUGCAAAUCCGCUAACAGAGGGACGCUAGGUAAUGAGCUUUGGCCGUUCCAUUUUGCCAGCAAUCUGGACGUAGCUGACGGUGACACGUACGGCGAUUACGGUAGUCAUGACAACGUCGGCGACAUCAUUUUAGACGCAGGAGGCACCGACGAGCUCGUCACGUCGUCCAACCACCAUCGCGCGGACUCCGGAGCGAUGGGAAUCUUCAGGAGCCCGUCGGAAGAGGCGUGGCAAUUGCAACUUGUGCUCAGCAUCGCGACGAUGAUCAUCGCGAGGUUCGUCAUCUCCACGUAAAGGACACCGUCCGGCGUUCAUCUCGACCGAGACUGCGACUUAUCGAUUACGCCUCGAUCUCGAAGCGAUCGAACGGCAAUGUUCGAGUCGACAUGCGCGCGCAAGUUGACGCGCGACGAAGGCAUCGUUGGAAGCGAUUCCACGAGAACACCGUUCGACGUGAACGUCGCUGCGACGAGAGGAAACGUCUCCGCCGUGCUAACGACACGAUCGUGAGGGAGAAAUGCGUGUCGUCAAUGCCAGUGGUUUAGAUUUUUAGGAACUCGCUGGUGACUAAGUAUAGAUAGCUAGAAAAUUAUACAAUGAGUAGUUCCCGCUAGUGCUGCCCCCUCCUCUCAACUACGUGCAGCAACGGCGCGUCCUUUCAAAAUGAUUUGCGCACGAAUAGUCUCCGCGCACUCCUGACAUCUGUUCUUUCUAGUUGUGUGUGAAAUAAAAUUAAUGUACAUCUGAAAUCUGGCGAAAAAACGGAGAAGGAGAAAAAUUGCAAGGACAAAAAAUAAGAAAGCACAGCUAAAAAGAACAGAUCUUCGAAUUUGCACAUUUGUUCGUGAGUGUAUUAUAUUGUAUUUUCGAACCCACGUUCCAAGUUUCACGCAGCAACGUAACACACAGGACCCCUCUACACUGCCUAUUUAUUCGCGUGUCCACCAAGUUGCGAAAACUUUGAUAUUAAAGGCACUCACUGACUUCUCGAGACCGACCAUGCGAUCACGACCCAUGUUGUCGUGAGAUGUACGAUGAUACAUUCUAGGAAUGAAUAAAUCGAAACAUCGUGAGAGUUAAAGAGAUUGAAAUGUAGUCGGAUCGGAUUCUUGACUGACAAUAUCGUCAAAAAAUAUUUGUUGAUUAAUAAUGACGUUACGUGAGUAUUAUAGAUCCUGCUGCCUGCGUAAAUACCAAAAUAUUCUGUGCGUAAUACGAAAAUAAUCUUUCGCAUAUAUUCUGUAUAUUAUUUUUAUCCAGUGUCUAAUCGUUUGCAUGUGAUUUAUUCGUAUAUAUGAAUAUCUAUAGUACUCAUGUCACUGUAACUAUGUUACGAUUAUGUUAGAAUAAUUGUUAUCUUAUGUGCAAGUGCCUUAGAGAAUAUUUUUGUAAUUUAUAUGCUAAGGAAAAAAAUUGUACAUGUCACAUGUCUGUCCAAGCGCAGCUUUCUCCGUGUAUAACUUCAAAUCGUCGAACGUCUGGUUUUCCCUUAGCCACAUGACAUUGCGUUUGAAGAGAAUUCUUUCCUGUUUUCACGUAUAAACGCUUCCAUCGCGAUUUGCCAGUAAUAGCCUGUUCAUCGGAUGAUUUUAUAUGCAACUAUUGUAGCUAGUAUUAUCGAGAUAAUUGUACGUGAGUUGUCAGACCGAUUUCUGGCAUUAAUGGUGCUGUGUGCGAGAAUUUAUAUACUGUUCUUAUGUAUAAAGCAUUAGAUUUUAGAUCAUAUAAGAUGGAAGUGCACUUUAAAACGCGUCUCGGAGAACGCAAUUCUCUUCUCUGGAGGAAAAUAUUCCGCGGAAAGAUUACACGCGUUGAGAAUCAUCUUCGUUGUAUCCAGUAUUAACAGAUGUUUAAAACGUUGUUUAAUACUGUCACUUCGUAUUUUCUUACAUAUUGAAACGUGUCUUAGUAGUGUAAUACCGUAAGUGUUUGACCAGUACUUAAUUGUUAAGGAUUACGUAGCUUCAAGAACUAUCAGAGCACAAUAAGAAAGGCCUCGUACUAUCUGUCGAUAUUUAUUGAAUGAAAGAACAUCCAAGUGCAAUUAAUUUGGUUUUAUUAUUUUGAUUUCAAUUAAUUACAAUGCAGCAAACUGACGAUUGUCACUGACGAUUGUCACUGACGAUGCAAUUCUGCAAUUCUGACACAAUAAUCACGUAAUACGUACAAAUCUAAUUGUACAAAGCCUUUCUUUAUGUCACUACUCAGGGUGUUAAUGAUUCAUAUUGAAACUUGCCACGCUACUGCGUCGUGCCCUGAAUAAAAUCUCUAUUGUAUUAUAUUUUUCAUUGUCAUACAAAUAUAGUAUUAAUAAAUGCGUACGUUUAUAUUUUAA